AUGAAGCUGAUCAUCCUGGCAGCUUUGGUAGGGCUAUGCCUCGCCCAGCACAACCCCCACAUGAAGCAUGGAAGGACCACCAUUGUCCACUUGUUUGAGUGGCGUUGGGUUGACAUUGCUGAUGAAUGUGAGCGCUUCCUGGGUCCCAAAGGAUUUGGGGGUGUUCAGAUCUCUCCACCAGCAGAGCAUAUUGUAAUCGACAAUCCCUGGAGACCUUGGUACCAGAGAUACCAGCAAGUUAGUUACAAACUGUGCUCCAGAUCUGGAACUGAAGAGCAACUGAGAGACAUGAUCGCCAGAUGCAACAAUGUUGGGGUCAACAUCUAUGUGGAUACCAUCAUCAACCACAUGGCUGCAACUGGUGGUGGAGAGGGAAACCACUCUUCAUGUGGGAGCUGGUUCAGCACCAUCACAAGGGACUUCCCCAGCGUCCCCUAUUCUGCCUGGGAUUUCAAUGGUCACAAAUGCAAGACUGCCAGCGGAGGAAUUGAGAACUAUGGCGAUGCAUAUCAGGUGCGUGACUGUAAUCUGGUCGGACUUCUUGACCUUGCUCUUGAGAAAGAGUAUGUUAGGGCCAAGGUGGCAGGGUACAUGAACGCGCUUGUUGACAUGGGUGUGGCUGGAUUCAGGAUGGAUGCCAGCAAGCACAUGUGGCCUGGGGACAUGGAAAAUGUUUUCAAACGUCUACACAACCUCAACACCCAAUGGUUCUCUGCUAACAGUAGACCCUUCAUCUACCAGGAGGUUAUUGAUUUGGGAGGUGAAGCCAUCUCAUAUAAGGAGUACAUUCAUCUGGGAAGAGUAACAGAGUUCAAAUAUGGAGCCAAACUGGGAUAUGUUUUCAGAAAAUGGAAUGGAGAAAAGCUGAGUUACACCAGGAACUGGGGAGAAGGCUGGGGUUUCAUGCUUAGUGGCGAUGCUGUUGUCUUUGUUGACAACCACGACAAUCAGAGAGGCGACGGUGCUGGUGGUGCAUCCAUUCUUACCUUCUGGGAAUCAAGAUUGUACAAGAUGGCUACUGGUUUUAUGCUUGCCCACCCUUAUGGACAGGCCAGAGUCAUGUCUAGUUACCGCUGGGACCGUAACAUCGUCAACGGACAUGACAAAAAUUACUGGCAGGGUCCUCCUAACUUCGGCGACGGAACAACCAAGCCUGUAAUUGUCAAUCCUGACCAGACGUGUGGAAAUGGAUGGAUAUGUGAGCACAGAUGGCGUCAGAUCACGAAUAUGGUGCAUUUCCGUAAUGUGGUCAAUGGACAACCACUUUCUAACUGGUGGGACAACCAGAGCAACCAGGUUGCCUUUGGACGUGGUAAUCGUGGUUUCAUCGUCUUUAAUAAUGAUGAUUGGAACCUGGACUUGACCCUGUACACGGGUUUGCCAGCUGGAACCUACUGUGAUGUCAUUUCCGGCCAGAAGGAAGGAAACAGCUGCACCGGGAAGCAGAUCCAUGUUGGUGUAGAUACUCGUGCCCACUUCAAGAUUAGCAACACAGAGGAGGAUCCUUUUAUUGCCAUUCAUGUUGACUCUAAGUUGUAAACACACCCUGCAUACAUUGAAAUAAAUUAAUCUGAACGCA